AUGUGCCAGGGUUCACCUACUUCUUAUUCACCUGAUGAUAAUCCAUUUGAUGAUAACCCAUUUGAUGUCAACUAUGACAGUGAGGAGAACGAUGAAGAAACUAUUGAUACUGACACAGAGAGUGAAAAAGAAGUUGAUGAUGAUUCCAACACUGCAUCCCCUGUGGAAGUUCCAUGUAAUAGUAGAAAGCUAAGCACAGAGAGAUCAUCAUGCCCACCCCAUGCAAAACCCGAGGCUCAAGGACAAGUUCCAUGUAAAAGUAGAAAGCUAAGCACAGAGAGAUCUUCAUGCCCACCCCAUGCAAAACCUGAGGCUCAAGGACAAGUUCCAUGUAAAAGUAGAAAGCUAAGCACAGAGAGAUCAUCAUGCCCACCCCAUGCAAAACCUGAGGCUCAAGGACAAGGCUUUGCAGAUGGAAAACCGCUGAUGGAACCCAGCUCAUCAAGGACGUCAGGAGGGAGAAAACGAGCCAGUGUUCAACGUCACACAUGGACUGCUGUAGAAAAGGCAUCCUUGGAGCGACAGUUUAAUAACUUUAUCAAACUAGGGAAAACUCCUGGUCAGCUUGACUGUUUAAACGCCAUUAGGAAGGAAAAGGCAUUAUCAGGCUUCACUUGGCGCAAUGUGAAGUUUGCUGUCAAAAACAUUAUUACCUCUCGUCUGAGAAGUUGCAGAAAAUGAAAUUCCACGUGGUCACAACGUUAAAUUUCUAUGUGUUAUAAUUAUGUUACCGUAACGAAGUUCGAAUGCAUACUGUUUGUGCUGGAUUAUCAAUUUGUUAAUAGCAUUAUGCCAGUAUCUAAAUUUAAUACAGGGUGCAUGCAUUUGUGACAAAUGCUUAUUGGCUUAUACAAAUGUACAUUUUUUUUUUGUCUGUUAUUCUUCUUCCUAUUCCAUGAAACAUUUUGACAUGGCAGAAAUGGGUAGAUGUUAUUUGACAUUUUAAUUGAUUAAAUAUGAUCAGAAAUGUAAAGAAGGGCAUGCAUCAUGCAUGCUAAUGUCAUUAAUUGAAUUCAUAAACAAAAUUUCAUAUAUCAUGAAUUACUAUGAAAUUAUGUACUUUUAAAUUUUAGCUUAAAAGUUGUUUGAUCCUUAAAUAAAAUGAAUUAUAAUUAAGA